AUGCCAAGCUUUAGAUUUGGAACUGAAUUCAGCCUCAUUUAUACCACCAGUAUUAACAACCCUAUAAAAUUUAUUACAAUCAAGGACAGCAACAAAACAGACGGCAUUUUUAUCAUUCUUCGCGAGGUAGAACUCUACGGAGAACUGAACUGUCCUACGAAAACCUACGGACUUGGAUGUCAGAAAAAAUGCAAUUGUGCCCAUGGUGAUUCGUGUUUUGUCAGCACUGGAGGCUGUCCGUCUGGUUGUCCUGUCGGCUUCAAGGGCAUCGACUGUACAGAAGCCUGUGGCCCAGGGUAUCACGGCGAAAAAUGUCUACUCGCUUGUAGCAACAACUGCACCAAUCAGUUAUGUGAUCGGAUUACAGGACACUGUUUUAAGUGUCACCCUGGGUACUAUGGUGAUACCUGUGAGCUCAGGUGUAGCGAUCACUGUGCUGGUGACGGGAUGUGUGACACCAAUGGUACCUGUCUCUAUGGCUGCUUAGAUGGUUACCAUGGUGACAAGUGUUUGGACGCUGAUCUACCGUUUACAGCGUGUGACGUGAUGAAAUUUGGCCCCUCCUGUACACAAACCUGCAGUCCCAACUGUAAACCUGUCGAACCUGCAAGGUCUACCACCUGUCACUAUGUUACAGGCGCCUGUCUGUUGGGAUGUCGUAACGGUUACCUGGAGCCUACCUGCACUGAAGCUUCGGUCACAACGACUACCAGUCAAGUAGUCAACAUCAUCAUCGGCGUGGGUGUAGUUGUUGUGCUUGGGGUGCUGAUUGUUGUCGUAGGGUGUGUGGUGUACAAGCGGCUCAGUCGUGUCAGAGAGGACGUGGGGUUAGGCAGCUCCAAUAACAACCCAGCAGGAUAUGAUGUGGCUGAUUAUAUUUACGAUACUGGUGACAGCAAUUAAGAGCAUAACAUGAAAGAAGAAAUGCCACAUGAUGUAAAUUAUGAUCGGCUCAGUGCCUGCAUCUCUCCUGACAAUACCUAUAGCCAACCAAUAUCACCAGACCUAGACCCUGCGGAGGUGUAAUUUGGGGGAGUCGCCCACUCUCCCUUGGACAAUUUUUAGAAUAGUGGCGACAUUUCGGAGAGUAAUAAAUCAAAUAAAAUUUUAAACAAGCUAUAAUUACAAAAAUAUUCUUAGUUUACGAACCUCGAAC